AUGUUCCCUCGAUCAAGCCUCAGGCGAACCGGUGCCUACGCACUCGGCCUCGCUGCCACGACUUCUCUCGUGGCUGCUGGACCAUGCGACAUCUACUCAUCAGGAGGUACGCCUUGUGUUGCUGCUCACAGCACAACAAGAGCCUUGUACAGCGCAUUCAGCGGCGCCCUCUACCAGGUGAAGCGCGGCUCUGAUGGUGCCACCACGACCAUUUCGCCAGUCUCUGCCGGUGGCGUCGCAAACGCCGCGGCCCAGGACACCUUUUGCGCCAGCACGACUUGUCUCAUCACCAUCAUCUAUGACCAGUCCGGCCGUGGCAACCAUCUGACUCAGGCCCCGCCUGGUGGCUUCAGCGGCCCCGAGGCCAAUGGAUACGACAACCUGGCCAGUGCCAUCGGCGCGCCUGUUACCCUGAAUGGCGCCAAGGCAUACGGUGUCUUCAUCUCGCCCGGCACCGGCUACCGCAACAAUGCUGUCAGCGGUACGGCCACUGGCGAUGCUUCGGAAGGCAUGUACGCCGUCCUGGACGGUACCCACUACAACGGUGGCUGCUGCUUCGAUUACGGCAAUGCCGAGACCAGCAGCACCGACACGGGCAAUGGACACAUGGAGGCCAUCUACUACGGUGACAACACCGUCUGGGGAACCGGCUCGGGCAGCGGCCCGUGGUUCAUGGCCGACCUCGAAAACGGUCUGUUCUCGGGUGCCAGCUCUGGUCAGAACACUGCUGACCCUUCGCUCUCUUACCGGUUCCUCACGGCAGCCCUCAAGGGUGGACAGAACGUGUGGGCGCUCCGCGGUGGCAACUCUGCCUCUGGCUCAUUGUCAACCUACUACAAUGGCGCACGCCCCAGUGCGUCGGGAUACAACCCAAUGAGCAAGGAGGGUGCCAUUAUCCUUGGUAUCGGCGGCGACAACAGUGUCGGUGCCCAGGGCACAUUCUACGAGGGCGUCAUGACGACUGGGUACCCGUCCGAUGCCACCGAGAACUCGGUGCAGGCCAACAUUGUGGCGGCGAAAUACGCCACCACGUCGCUGACCAGCGGCCCCGCCCUGACCGUCGGCUCCUCCAUCUCGCUCCGGGCCACGACAUCCGGCUACACGGACCGCUACCUCGCACACACGGGCGCCACCGUCAACACCCAGGUCGUGACCUCGGCCAGCUCCACUACCCUGAAGCAGCAAGCCAGCUGGAAAGUCCGCACCGGUCUCGGCAACAGUGGAUGCUUCUCUUUUGAAUCCACCGACACCUCGGGCAGCUACCUCCGCCACUACAACUUUGAGCUCCAGGUCGCCGCCAGCGACGGCACCAAGCAGUUCAACGAGGACGCCACCUUUUGUCCGCACACGGGCCUCAACGGCCAGGGCAACUCGAUUCUGGCCUGGGGCUACCCUACUCGCUUCAUCCGCCACUACAACAACGUGGGCUACGCGGCGAGCAACGGCGGCGUCCACACGUUUGACUCGGCCACGUCGUUCAACGACGAUGUGAGCUGGGUGGUUGGCACCAGCUUUGCCUAG